AGGCUUCCCCUCCCCCGUAUCCGUGCGCGGAGCAGGCAGAUAAGGGCGCCAUUUUGGAGCAGCCGCGGGAGACGUGGUGUAGCUUGCAGGUUUCCUCCGCUGUGUAUUUGGAGGGUGGGGGAGGGAAAUCCGGAUCUCCAGUCCGCGCCUUUCUUCGUCGUCUCUACUGCCAUGUCGGGAGGAGGAGUAAUUCGGGGCCCGGCCGGGAACAACGAUUGCCGCAUUUAUGUGGGCAAUCUACCCCCGGACAUCCGAACCAAGGACAUAGAGGACGUGUUCUACAAGUACGGCGCCAUCCGCGACAUAGACCUCAAGAACCGCCGCGGAGGGCCCCCCUUCGCCUUUGUGGAGUUCGAGGACCCGCGGGACGCGGAAGAUGCUGUGUAUGGGCGUGACGGUUACGAUUACGAUGGAUAUCGGCUCCGUGUGGAGUUUCCCCGAAGUGGCCGGGGUACUGGCCGAGGGGGUGGUGGCGGCGGGGGCGGCGGUGGAGCCCCUCGAGGUCGCUAUGGCCCCCCGUCCAGGCGAUCGGAAUACAGAGUAGUCGUAUCUGGGCUGCCUCCAAGUGGAAGUUGGCAGGAUUUAAAGGAUCACAUGCGUGAAGCAGGUGAUGUAUGUUAUGCUGAUGUUUACCGAGAUGGAACUGGUGUCGUGGAGUUUGUUCGGAAGGAAGAUAUGACCUACGCAGUUCGAAAACUGGAUAACACUAAGUUUAGAUCUCAUGAGGGAGAAACUGCCUACAUCCGUGUAAAAGUUGAUGGGCCAAGAAGUCCAAGUUAUGGAAGAUCUCGCUCUCGAAGCCGUAGUCGUAGCAGAAGCCGUAGUCGAAGCAACAGCAGGAGUCGAAGUUAUUCCCCAAGAAGAAGCAGAGGAUCUCCACGCUACUCCCCCCGUCAUAGUAGAUCUCGUUCUCGUACAUAAAGAUCAUUGGUGACACUUUUUGUAGAACCCCAUGUUGUAUACAGUUUUCCUUUACUCAGUACAAUCUUUCAUUUUUUAAUUCAAACUGUUUUAUUCAAAAUGGGCUGGUGUUGAAUUGCAUUCUUGUGUAAUAUCCCCUUUGCUCCUAACAUCAACAUUCCCCUCAUGUCUUUGGUAAAUUGUAUUUUAAGUGAUGUCGUAGGCAGGAUUGUUUAAAUUUAAUUACCCAUGCUCUUCAGACUGUGAUAUUGCUGUGUAAAUGUCUGUUCCUAUGGUGUGUAUGAACUGGGAUGUUGGGAAUGUUUGGUUAUCUUGUCUUAUUUGGGGGAAUUCUUAUGUUUUAUCUUGCCUUUUCAUGUGUCUUUCUGUAGACAUAUCUGAAGAGAUGGAUUAAGAAUGCUUUGGAUUAAGGAUUGUGGAGCACAUUUCAAUCAUUUUAGGAUUGUCAAAAGGAGGAUUGAGGAGGAUCAGAUCAAUAAUGGAGGCAAUGGUAUGACUCCAAGUGCUAUUGUCACAGAUGAAAUUGGCAGUAUUGACCUUAUACUAGAAGGCAGUGGUUAAAACUUGAGUAUUUACAUCUACCAUAAGACACCUGCAAACGUUUUAUAUUGUAGUUACCUUGAGCUACAAUUGCUCUGCUCCUUAAAACCUUGGCAAUUGUGGCAAAGAUUACAUUGCCCAUUUAUAGCAAUUUUGACUCAUUUUGCUCCCCCUUUUUUGUUUUUUUGUUUUAGUAGGGACUAAUGUGGGAAGGACCGACUAAUUUGUCACUAUGCUUAGUUACAACUGUUAAUGUAACCUACUGUUGGUGUACAUGUGGGUACAGGGUAUCUUAAUUCCAAACAGAUAGAGUAUAAUAUCAAUACUGCUAAAUCUGCAUGUCCUCUGUGUGACUGAUAUAGCGUUGCUAUUUCAUUUUUAAGCAUCGAAAUGAAAGCAAAAUAUAGAACUCCGAGAUGGUGUAGAUAACCUAGUUGGGAAUAAUAUCUUAAGUCUCACCAUACCCUUCCCCAGAUAUGUUUUGAAACAGAAUUUAUUUUAAUUUACAGAUUAAAUUGCAGAUGGGAGCACUAGCUUUAGUUUAGAACUAGGUGGGUAGCUAUAGCAGUAAACUUUUUCAACUACAUAACUUUUUGCAACCACAAAACCUGUAAUACACUGUACAGUAACAAAUGUUGGCAUUAUCAGUUGACCUGUAAAUAUACAAUGCUUCUUCCAAUUAGUCUCUAUGAUAAUUAAGUUUCUAAAAUUUAUCUGAACUUCACCAUUCAAAAGCUUGUUUUGGGGAAUUGAUAGUUAUUGAUGUACAUCUAUUAAAUUGAUGACAGACAUAACUCAUCAUUCCCCAGAAACCUUUUUUUGAUUACAGUAUCUAACAUUUUGCCUCCUCUUUUUUGGUUUUGCUGGUUAUAAAGGUUUGGAUUGGAGAGGGCUCACUGGAUCCCAAUCCUUGGAGCUGGAUCAUUGGAUUCAAAUCAUAAUGUGGAUAGGAUAGGGAGGAUGAAUUACAAGGAUUCAUGGAGCGGGAUCAGAUUACCAGGAACAUAGGAGUGGAUUCCUGCCCCAACCAAACCGCAUUCGUGUGGAUUUUUUUUUAUUCAACUUAAUUGGCUAUUCCAAAGAUUUUUUUCCUAUUUUUGACGAUUGGAGCCCUUAAGAUGCACGAUGGAAUUGUGUUUUGCAUUUUUUGGUAAAAGGAGCAAAGCGAGGACCUGGAGAGGUACGCUGGAGCAAUCUCCUUGGAAGGAUUCAGCACGAGUAGAUGGUAAACAUAUAAAGGGGAAAAGGGGGGGUUUGUUUAAAGUAAAAUAGUAAAUCAGUAAGUCACUUCUCUAAAUUAAAAAAAAAAACAAAUUCGGAGUUGAAGAAUAAGUAGGUUUCCAAUUGGCUAUUGCCAUUUUUCUUUGAGAAAUAAAACAUUUUUUAAAAAAACUAUGCAUGGUUGUCCUUUUUCAUCUUGAUGUGAGACAGCAAUUUUUUUUUUUCAGUAAACUGGUGAGAAUUAAUUUUAAGUUGAUCAGGUGUGUUUUCUAUUUUUUUCUUCCCAAUUCAGCGAUUUCAAACCACUUGAAAAACUAGACUAGCUUUUGCUGUACCUACUUUAGUAACACUGAAAGGACUAUAUAGAAGUCUGUCAAAUGGAAAAUUAUGGGAUAUGACUAAUGAAAAGCCCUAGUGAGAUAAUCUCACAUUAGUUUAAAAGUUAAGUACAUUAAGGUUAAAUCCUAUUGAAUGGUGAUUGUAAAUUAAAUUUGUAAAUUUACCUGAGACUUCCAGGCUUAAGAGUUUACUGAGAGGCUACUAUUUAAAAUGUUGUUUUCAUAUCUGUCCUGGUCUUUUAAAACACUAAGUAUUGGUUUCAUUUGAAAAAUCAAAAGAGUUGAAAAUAAAAGGCUGGAUUUUGUUGGAA